AUGCACAUGCACGAGCAGUUGCCGGACGAGCAAAACGACUUGGGCUGCAGAGAAAAGACGCGUCGCUGGAACAACGCGCCACGUCGAAUCGUGCUCACGGACGAGUUCUCGCACUACCGAGAGGUGACGGUCACCAUCGAGACGCGCGGACCGCGCUGGCGCCGCCGGUUUGCCAAGCGGCAGCAGCGGAAAUACGACGCCCAAGUAUCGACGCCUGGCCUCCUGCACGCGAUCCACGAAUUUAUAGUCGAGCACGCGCCGAGCGAGCCGCUCCUCACCGCAACCAUGGCGCGCUGGCAGCGCGAUGUGCGCGCGCGGGUCGGCGACCUCGUGCUGCGGCCACGUCGGUCGUUUUUCCAUCGUUGA